AUGUCAACCAACCCAGUACCUCAAUUAGUAAACGUCUCACAUGCCUUGUCAGCUACCGUCAUAGAAGAGAUGCGUAAUACUCUCGAUACCUUACAGCAGCAGAAACAAUUCAAUGAAGAUCAAGUACCGUUAUUGAUGUCAUAUUUGGCACAAUUGAACGGAGCUCUUCUACAGUUUACAGAAGAUAAUAAACAUGUAAAACCUGGAGUCGAUGGUGUCACUUCUGGUGAUUUGGAUUUAAUUAAUGGGUUAAUUACAUUAUACAAAGAUUACAUCUAUAAAUUUAAUAAUAUAGAGAAAAAAUUCAGUUCAAUGGAAGCCAAACCGCAAUCAAAAAUUGAUACCAUUUCAAGGAAUUCAUCGAAUGUAAAUUUAGAUGAAGGAAUCCGUGCAUUGAAAGAAGUUAAACAAGUGAAAAAAUCAGUACCAACAUCUACACCAAAGAGAGAAAUAUAUAUUGCUGAUAGUAGCAAAAAAAAGAAAUCUAUUGAAACUAAUAAUACUAUCUUAACAGAUGAAAAUAUUAAGGAAAAUCAAAUUAACAAGAAGAAGAUAUCAUUCACAAAAUACAAGAAAAAAGAGGAUUCUCCAAUAAAUUCAAACGAUGAAACAUCGGGGAAUAAUAAGAGAACAAGCAUCCAAGAGGAAAAUAUGGAUAAUUCAAAUAGUGAACGUAGUCCUAAGAAAAUGAAAUUAGAUGAAAAUUCUACAAAGAUACGAUCAAUCUUAAAGAAUAGUGAAACCAGUGAUAAGACAAAACAAAAGAAGAAGAAGAAAGUUGGAAUCAGUUUCCCAGUAGAGGAUGAUUUGGUAAGAGUUUAUGGUGAUGAUCUUCCAACUACUGGUUUAAAAGUUACACCAACGGAAUUAAAGAAAAUCUUAAGACCAUUUAAAGAAGGUGAACCAAAGGAGAAAGUACUUAUUGAAGGAUUUAAUUCAAAACCAAAAUUAUUAAAUAUACAAGUUACCAUCAAGGAUUCAGAUAUAUCCCAAUUAAAGAAUGGACCAAUAAAAUUUGAGACUAUGACACCACUGUUAUAUAGAGAUAAUUUCAGGAAUUUUAGUAAAGAUUUGAAAAAACCAGCUAGAGAGCCUAUUCCUGAGAUGGGUCUACAACAUAACGGUACAACUCCAUUAGUUGCACAAGCAUAUGGCCGUAACGGUUUAUUAUUAAGGAACGAUAGAGGUGGCAUCCCUUACAAGCGAGUUCCUGAAGUAAGAAGAAAUAAAUAUCCAUCAAGAUACCAAUAG